AACAUCCCACAACACUCAUCAAUCCUUCAUUCAAAUCCCACAUCACAAAUCCAAAGUAAAAAUGAUCCACAUUCUCUUACUCCUUUCUCUCUUCACCUUCACCACUCACGCAGCAGUCCAAGACUUCUGUGUCGCAGACGUAAAAUUCCCAGAAAGCCCCGCUGGAUAUGCCUGCAAACCAGCCACAGUAGUCACAGUUGAUGACUUUGUAUCCACAGGCCUUCGUGCUUCAGGAAACCUUUCCAACAUCAUCAAAGCCGCUGUCACUCCAGCAUUCGCUGCCCAGCUGCCCGGAGUCAACGGGCUCGGGAUCUCCAUUGCCCGGUUGGACUUAGCCCCGGGUGGUGUGGUCCCAAUGCACACCCACCCAGGUGGGUCCGAGCUUUUACUGGUGACCCAAGGGUUCAUCAAGGCUGGGUUUAUCUCAUCGGCUAACACUGUUUAUGUCAAGACUUUACAGAAGGGUGAUCUUAUGGUGUUCCCACAAGGGCUGUUGCAUUUUCAAGUUAAUGCUGGUGGGGUGACAGCUGUUGCAUUUGCGAGCUUCAGUAGCGCGACACCUGGCUUACAGAUUCUUGAUUUUGCUUUGUUUGCAAAUGAUUUGCCUUCUUCGUUGGUGGAGGCGACUACCUUCCUUGAUGAUGCUACAGUGAAGAAGCUUAAGGCUGUUCUUGGUGGAACUGGCUAAGUAUAUUGAGGAGAUGUCACGUUUUACACCAUUCUUUUAUGUUGAUUAAUUACCUGCAUCUAUUUUUAUGUCCGUUUUCAUUAACCUAAUGAUUAUGGCAUUCUAUGUUUGUUUUGAGAUUUAGGACAUUCAUGUAAGUCAAGUUUGAUGUACUGUUAUUGUCUUAAUUCAAGUUUCUUUUUACCCA